AUGAGUACCCGAGUUACAAGAGCAGCAGCAAGGAGGCAGGCCGCGCUUCAGCGAGGUCCUGAAGGACCCGUCGCGGAGCAAGGACGGUCGGAGGCUAGGCCGCUGCCUAUCUUCCGGCCCACCCAAACCCCGCGGCGCGGUGCCGAGGACGAUGGAGCUCGCUCGGAGCCCGAACCCAUAGUCACCUCGGACGAGAGCGACAUGGAGUGGGCCGAGGACCCGGUCAAGGAGAGGCGGGAGUGGCGCCUAAAGAGGGCCAGGGAUCCGAAGGUCGACGCAAUCCCGCCGGGAUACGCCCGAACAUUUAAGGGUGCGGCGAAGAGACCAAGGGGCAGCGGAAGCACCUCGUUGGAGAUGGCUGAGGCGAGAGCCAAGAUGCUGAGGGACGAGGUCGAGCGGAUGCGGACGACGAGAGCCCGAUACGAGGACCGCAGAGCAGUGGAGAAGGACUUUGAGACCGCGCAGCAAGAAUGGGAGCGGAUGAAGCAAGCCGCAGCUGAAGCCAUCGUCCAGGAGGCAUAUCGCCUCAAGCGAGGAGAGGAGAAGGCCCGGAAAGAGGCGGAAGUUGAGGAGGCCAAGAGAAGGGAGGAGGAGGAGAAACGGUCCAGGAACCCCGAAUGGCAGCAACGGCUACAGAAGUGGGAAGAGGAGGAACGCCAACUGUGGUCGGGCGAGGUUCUGGUGGAGGCGGUGCCCUUAAUCCCAGGAGGGAUGCAAGGAAUACCCCCGACUCCCCGAUCCGACAACGACGGAAAUGCCAGUCGUGGACCCGAGGCCCCGAACCAGUGGGCCCAGUCGGAUGGAUGGGUUCCCUACCAGGACCCAAACCCCCAUCCCCAAAAUUGGCACGAGCCACCUCCGACCCCCCGCCCGCAAGAAUGGCCGGAGGAUGUCGACCGGGAUCCCGCUCCAAGCGCCUCACCACGUCAGCAGGAGGCGGAGUUCCCACGCCCACCGAAGUGGACCCCGGCACGACCGCCCACGCCACGGUAUGGCCAGGAGGUCCGGGGAGAAGAGCCCGAGGAUAGCAGUCCGGAUUCCGCUCCCAGCCCCCCUCCAAGUCAUCCAGAGGCGGAACACCCCCACCCACCGAAGUGGACUCCGGCUCGGCCGCCCACGCCUCGGCACGGCCAGGAGGUCCAAGAGGAGGAACCGGAGGACACACACCCAGGAGGAGGUUCCCAGACCAGGAGGAGGGGAGGAGCAGUGGCAGUACUGCCGGACAGAGAUCCCGCAGGCCCACGUCGCGCAUGCGCUAAAUGCGUUUGUGGCCGGCGGCGUCCAGUGGCGGCAACACACCGUCACGUGGACCUGGCCUGUCAGCGACGAGGCGAAGGCCACGGAGGAGACGGAGACCCCAGCGCAGGACACUCCGAAAUCAAACCCGCGAGACCCCAGGGUGCGCCGCGAAGACGCCGGGUGGUUGCCGCCGACACCGGAGACGGGAGAGGUACUGGAGAAAGGGCCAUGGGUGUGGCCGACACCUACGGACAACCCGAGGCCCAAACUCCAGCGGCAGAUCUCCGCCCCAGAGGCACGCGGCCCAGUGGCCAGGCCCACACUCGUGCGGAUGGCGUCCCGGACAGAGGGCGGAUCCUGGCAGGAUAUCGCCGAGGAGGAGUGGCCAGUUGGUUUAUUGGAGCAGCCGGUGAUCAAGCAUGCCAGGCGAAGAGGGGGCCGACGCUGCGUGAUGGCAGAGAUAGGCUGCAAGAAAUACCGCAUCCGGUUGGCGGCCUCUGGCCAAGUUAG